CCAGUACGCUGUUCAUCUUGCUUGUCAAAUACCAUGCCGUACCAAAGUAUAGCACGGAGCUAUGCUAACGUCAAUCAGCAGCAGCCACGAGAUUACUAUGAUUAUGACAAUCUGCAAGUUCAGUGGGGGUCCCAAGACAAUUACGAGAUCGUUCGAAAAGUCGGUCGAGGCAAAUACUCUGAGAAGAAGAUUAAGCGAGAGAUCAAGAUCCUUCAAAAUCUCACUGGUGGCCCCAAUGUCAUUGGUCUAUUGGAUGUCGUUAGAGACCCACAGUCCAAGACACCAUCUCUCAUAUUUGAAAACGUGAAUAAUACCGACUUUAAAAUACUUUACCCAAAAUUCCAAGACUACGAUAUUCGAUUUUAUAUGUAUGAACUCCUAAAGGCUUUGGACUUUUGCCAUUCAAAAGGAAUUAUGCACCGCGAUGUUAAGCCCCACAAUGUCAUGAUCGACCAUGAAAAACGACAGCUUCGCUUGAUUGAUUGGGGUCUUGCUGAAUUCUACCACCCAGGCACAGAAUACAAUGUGCGUGUCGCUUCUCGGUAUUUCAAGGGCCCUGAACUUCUCGUCGAUUUCCAAGAAUACGACUACAGCCUUGAUAUGUGGAGUUAUGGCUGCAUGUAUGCCAGUAUGAUCUUCCGCAAGGAGCCUUUCUUCCACGGUCAUGACAAUUAUGACCAAUUGGUUAAAAUUGCAAAGGUCCUAGGUACCGAUGAAUUGUUUGCCUAUGUGGAGAAGUAUGAACUAGUGCUCGACCAACAGUACGACGAGAUUUUGGGAAGAUAUCCACGCAAACCGUGGUCCAAAUUUAUCACAAGCGACAACCAACGGUUUGUUUCAAACGAAGCUCUUGAUUUCUUGGACAAGCUGCUUCGGUAUGAUCACCAGGAGAGAUUGACGCCUCUGGAAGCUAUGGAUCACCCAUACUUUGAGCCAAUAAGACAAAAAAAAUAAGCAAGACAAUUGGAGAGAGCUGAUGUUUUCUUGCGAUGAGCAAUGGAUCUUCGUUUGUUCAGUGUAUUGAUACACGCCUUUGCCUACUUUAUUCCCUCGUGUUUAGAGAGCAUAUGGCUUUCCAUCCUAUUAUAUCUUCCUUUCUCUUUCUCAUUCGCCUACUUAUUCUACUCGCUUCUCUUUUUCUUUUCUUUCUCUUUCAUUCUCAUAUAUUUCACCUUCACCGUUGUCAAAUUCUGCAUUUCUCAUGUGAGAAUGAAACUAUUGUAAUCAACGCAUACGAACAUCGAAGGAAUCAACUGCAAACACCGCAAAAAAAAAAGGAAAUCACAUCUGGUGUGUGUGUUAUACUCUUUGUCUCAUGAUAGUGUGUGAUUUGCCACUGGAUAAAGGGCAC